GUUGCGGUGUGAAAGGGGAUUGCGAUUGCAACGGCCACCUCAAAGGCCUGUAUAUUAAUAUUUUGUCGUGAUUUCUUCUUCUUGGAAGUGAUUUUAGGACUAUUAAUUUAUCUAAAUGGCGCUAAACCCUCAGUACGAUGCCAUCGGAAAAGGUUUUGUACAACAGUAUUACACACUAUUCGAUGACCCAGCUCAGCGGCCAACUCUGGCAAAUAUGUACAAUGUUGGUAUUUUUUCAUACUUUUAUCGUGGUGACGGUCCCCUCUUAUAAUUUAUAAUUUUCUGAAAUAUUUUAUCAGAGGCUUUAUAUUUUAGGUUAAGUUAGGCUCUCCCGCCAAAGAUGUUUUUAUUAUUAUGUACUAUAUCUUCAUAGAUCUUUAUUUCAUUUUUCUUUAAAAUCUAUUCAUCUAUCCAUCUAUUACAGUUUAUAAAAGUCCACUGCUGAACAUAGGCAAUCUAUGGGGAGCCACCGCGUCUUAGGAGGGAAUUCUAUACUUGCUAUGUUUGGGAGUUGGCAGUUUUUUUUAUGACUGAGUUAAUAUCAAGAAGAUGCUGAUGCUCAUCUCCUGUCUUAGUUAACUUCUUUCGCUCUUACAACACCUACUGGGGAAGUGUAUAUUGUUACACUGCCACUGCAUGAUUGAAAUAGUUCUUUUAAAUAGUUUAAGGAAUUUGUCAUAGCUAGAUUUAAUUUUUUUUUGUUAUCUCGAAUUUAUCGGAAUAUUUAACCUUUUUUCUGUCAUAACCUGUUGAACUUUAUAUCUACAAUUCAUAAAAUUAAGCGAUUGUAAGCACACAAUCUACCGCUAUUUUAUUAUUAAAAUAUUGAAGUAAUUUUCAAUUUGCUGAUGUUUUAAAGAGUUCAAUUGCUAUAAGGAACCCUUUAUAAUUUAAUUUUGCCUGUUUUAAUGUGUUAGCCAUCAUAAUUUCUUCCGGAGUACUAUAAUGUAAUACCUUUAUUAACAUAAUUAAUAUUAUAUUUUUUGAUAUACUUAGGUUGUAUGUCGAUAUUUGUAAGUUCUAUAAGUGAAAUUUUGUAAUUACUUUAGGCAAUAACUUUGUAAACCUAAUUUUGAGGUAAAGAAAAUAUGUUUAGGGCAACUCCCUUGUAAAUUUUAUGAAAUAAGGUUUUCACCACAACUUACUUUCCCUGUUGAUCUUGUAAGCUGCUUUUAUAUUUUGACAAUAUUUACAAAACAUAGUUAUUUCAAUUAUUAUUCAGACUUUAUAACACAUAGUUGUAUCCGAAAGCAACCUGCCACACUUACUACACUAGAUUGCAAUGGUAGAGAAAUAUGAACUAUAAUAUAUAUUACGAUAUUAUUGAUAUUUGGGCAUAAGCUGUAUUGAUAAAUGCAUAUAAAUAAUAUUAUAGUGGUUGAAAAACUAUUUAUUAGCUUAUUAGCUGUAUUCCAUUUUUUUGCUGAAUGCAAUUGCAAUUUUUAUUAACAAAUGAUUUUUUGAUUGAAUGAUGCAGUCUACUACGAUAUGAUGAUAUGUCAAUGAAUGCCACAAGUGUAUUCUAAAUCUAAAAAAUUAUGCAUUUCACAUAAGUAAAUAAUCAAAAGAUUGUAAAUAUGCCUGCAUCUAAGAUGACAUCCCAAAAACCUAGGUUUAUCAUUUAACACAACACCAGUAUAUUUACUACACCAACUAUUUGCCACAUACAAUUUGGUCGUUCUUAAACGAGUAAUCUAACCAAAUUAGGACAUGAGUCAUUAAGGAGACAUUAAGUACUCCUUGAAUGAUGUUCUUGUCUAUAUCAUCUCUGGUCCAUCGUUUUACUUGUUACUGUCCCUUGUAUUUAUUUAUUUGUUCCUUAUUUAUAUGAUUUCACCUAUAGAAAUAAUAUUAAGUUGUAAAAUAAUACUUAUUAUUUUUCAUGGUAGGAAACUUAAUGUUUAGGUGUUGUCUUUUGCUGAGGAUUUGGAAGCCUAUUACGUAAAAAAAUAUUUUAGAGAUUGGUAAGAUUUCAUUAACUUACUGUUGUCACUCCCAGGACUGACUUGACAUUGGAGCUUAUACAGCCUUUGUUUGAUAUCUAUAAUACCUUAAAAUAAUGACAUAAUGUAUUAAACAUUUUUAUUGUUAUUGGUAAAUUUUCAGGUUGAAACAUCAUUUAUGACCUUUGAAGGAGUGCAGUUGCAGGGUGCGGUAAAAAUUAUGGAAAAAUUAAAUAGUCUGACAUUUCAAAAAAUUACUAGACUAGUAACAUCUGUUGAUUCACAACCAAUGUUUGAUGGUGGAGUUUUAAUCAAUGUCCUGGGUAGAUUGCAGGUAUGUACAACUAUUUGAAAAACAAUUCAAAAACUUUAUUUACUAAUAAAACACAUCAAGUUAUAAUAUUAAAAUUAAAGAUGAAAUGGAUAGCUGUUUGGCCAGAUACCGAUAUUCGGCCAGUCUUUUCGCCGGAUAUUCUGCCGAACAUUGCCGUUUGGUGCAUCGCAAGAGGCGAACUUGCGUAGGUGGCGCUAGUUGUGGCGAUCGUGUGCACGCAGGACUCGGGCGACUUCAGGUCUUUCUGUUCAUGAGUGAAGUUAGCAAUUGUUUCAUUGACUUGUUGUAUUGAUUGCAAACACGACCCUUUGAGGUUACUAAAAUACUUGCUUUUGUUAUUUGAAGUAUUUUUAUAUUUCUUAACAGAUUUAACGACAUAAAUGAUAGCAAUAAAGAUAAGAUUGCCUUUAUAACAACAUUUUGAUAUAAACAGUGACAAUCCUAAACUUACUGUUUGUUUACUAUGCAAUAUUAAAAUUUCUAUUUGAAUACUUAAAAAUGUCUGCGAAGAGUCCUCCAGUAGCAGUUCACCUUCAACACAGGCUAAAAACGUAGAGGAGAGGAGACAGAGUCAGCUGUAUCUCAUGAAUCUUUACUACACAUUCUGGGAUUGCUUUAACGAAGUAGCAAAUGAAAACAAUACUAGCUAUCUCACCAUGAAAGAAGAAAUGCGAUUGCAUGUUAGAUUGAUUUUUAUCUAAAGUCAGUGCGAAUUGCUCGUCAUCGUGACCCUUAUGUUUUUCGGCCUUAUUUGGUGGGCAGCUAAUGAUACACAAUACCAUAAUUUAUCAAAGUUUGCCAAAAUCUAUCAGCACCCUGCAGCAGUGGCAGUGUGUACAGCGAAAAACUUUUCUGAAGCUGGCCUUGUUUAUAAAAACAGGCGAAACCGCUUGUUACCUUUCAAUGCAGAGAAAAUAGUAUUUAUGCACCAACCAGAGAAAAUAUUAUUUCUUCUGCAUAUCAAUGAUAUGUUACAAACUGGUAGCAUUCAUUGCUAUGCGAAUGACAGCACUGGUGAUGCUCUAUACAUCUGCCGCGCCAAAAUUUCUCUGGAAAACGUCGCCGAGUACCGGAGCAAACUUGUUCUGAAGUCGAGUCUUUGCUGAACAAAGUCUCCGAUUGGGGGCGACUAAAUCUAGUCCAGUUUAAUCCUCAGAAGCCAAAAGUUUGCGCGUUUCCCGCUAAAAAGAAUCCCUUUGUCGUAUCUCCUCAGUUUUAAAGCAUUCCCCCUUGUUGCCUCAGCAAGUAUCGGAAUCAUCGGCGUCGACAUAUCGAAUGAUGUGCAGUUUCGUGGUCACUUGGAAGAGAAGGCCAAAUUGGCCUCUAAAAAGCUCGGCGUGCUCAGCAGAGCGGGACAGUAUUUCAUGCCGGCACACCGCCUGCAACUUUACAAAGCGCAGGUUCGGCCUCAAAUGGAAUACUGUUCCCAUCUCUGGGCAGGGGCUCCCCAGUGCCAGCUCCUUCCACUUGACCGCAUCCAGUGCAGAGCGGCUCGAAUCGUCGACGACUAAGUACGACGACAUACGAUGUUACAUUCGAACCUUUCAGUGGAAUAGUUUACCACCGGAGAUUUUCCCGGACCGAUACGACUUGAGGACCUUUU